CCCCUGCUUAUCCACCAUUACCAGGCCCAGCAGGCAGCGCAGAUGUCCAUGCUGCUGCAGUGCAUGCAGCAGGCCGUCGCGCGGAGGAGGUGCGGCCGUACAGACGGCAAGAAGUGGCGCUGCGCCAGGGACGCCGAGCCCGACCAGAAGUACUGCCAACGCCACCUGAACCGCGUCGGCCGGGCACGACCCCCUCCCCCUGCGAGAAAGCAACAGCACCAGCAUGCAGCUGCUGCGGUGGUUGCUCAUCAUCGUGACCGGGACAAGUCCGCCAUGACCGCCCCUGCGGCCAUUCAUACCAGUCAUGGUAACAAGUCUUCCGGGAAUACGAUGCUGCGGGAGGAUGACGACGACUACUCGCGAGGCCUCUUGGACUUCACCGGUGGAGUUUGCCUCCCGGAGCAGCGAGAGAACCGGCUCAGCCUCAACUACGACAACAUUGCCGAGCUCUACUGCAAUAGGCAGGUGACCGCCACGCCCACGGCCACAGCAUCGGCGGCGGCGUCAGCAACGGCCAUGGACGACGACGCCAUUCAUCAUGGGGCAGCAGCAACCUGGGUGGGCAUCGGGGGACCCCUCGGCGAGGCGCUCGGUCUCGCCGUAGAGAUUCAGUGGCCUGCUGGCUCCACCUAGCUCCACGCAUGAUGCUCUAGAGCAAGUCGAAGUGUAUCCGUACCGGCGUGUACCUCUAGGCUAGGCUACUACCGGAGUACUACUGUAGGAAAGGGGUUCAAAAUAGCAAAGUU